AUGAGGCCUUUUCUGGUCACUGCCUUGACAGUCAUCUCCGCCACAGCACCAUUGGCAGCAGCUUUCAUCUCCGGCACUGAGCAUGUUUCCUUGACAUCUCAACCUCGCAUCACCCUCAAGGAGGAUGCUGUACUUGGGCCCUUCAACCUGUCUGUUCCAGUAGACCACUUCCACAAUGAGACCCGCUAUGAACCGCACUCCAAUGACACGUUCCCUCUGAGAUACUGGAUCAACAAGAAACACUACCGUCCUGGUGGCCCCGUCUUCUUGCUCGCUUCUGGGGAGAUGACCGGUGAAGACCGCCUAGACUACCUUGACCAUGGCAUCAUAGCAAUGUUCGCCAAGGCCACCCACGGCCUGGGCCUCGUCCUCGAGCACCGCUACUAUGGCACGUCCUUCCCUGUCGCCAAUGUCUCCAUCCCCAACCUGCGUUUCCUCUCCACCGAGCAGGCCCUUGCCGACACGGCCUUCUUUGCCGAGCAUGUGACCUUCCCUGACCUGGAGCACGAGGAGCUCGGCCCGACAGACGUCCCGUGGAUCGCCUUCGGCGGCUCCUACGCCGGCGCCUUCGCAGCCUUCCUGCGCAAGCUCUACCCAGAUGUUUUCUGGGGCGCCAUCUCGAGCUCAGGCGUGACCCAGGCCAUCGUUGACUACUGGGAGUACUACGAAGCGGCGAGGCGCUACGCCCCCGCCGACUGCGCCGACGUGACGGCCACGCUGAUCGAGAUUGUCGACAAUAUCCUGACGCUCCGCGGCCCCGCCACCGAGACGGACCGCCGCGCCUUGAAGAGCGCCUUUGGCCUUGAGGCGUUGACGCACGACGACGACUUUGCGAGCGUCCUCUCCUCCGGCAUCAGCCAGCUGCAGGGACAGAACUGGGACCCGGCCCUCGACCGCUCGUCUUUCGGGCUCUACUGUGGCAGUCUGCGCAGUGACGACCUCCUCUUCGCAAGCACGCGCCACCUUGAGGGCACGGCCCGGCGCUUGCUUCACGCUGGCGGUGUGUCGGAUGAUGAGUCGCAGAGCGCUGCGGGGCUGACCGUCAAGCUGCUCAACUUUAUCGGCUACGUUAGGCAAGAUGUCAAGAGUGCCUGCCCCGACGGGCAUGUCAAAAAGUGCUUCGCUGUCCGGGGCAACGAGCGCUGGCAGAGGACCGACCUCGAUCAGGGGAUGGAGCGCAGCUGGUUCUGGCAGGUCUGCACCGAAUGGGGUUACUUCCAGACCGGCUCUGGUGUCCCCACAGACCAGAAGCCCCUCGUCUCCCGCCUCAUAGACCUCAACUACACCUCCCUCCCCUGCCGCGAGGCCUUUAACAUCACGACCCUCCCAGACGUACACCGCAUCAACAGGCACGGCGGCUUCGGCUUCUCCUACCCGCGCGUCGCCAUCGUCGACGGAGAAGCCGAUCCCUGGCGCGCGGCAACGCCGCACCGCAUCGGCCUCCCCGAGCGCGAGAGCACCACCGAGGAGCCCUUUCUCCUCAUGGGCGGCGGCGCGGUGCACCACUGGGACGAGAAUGGCGUCUCGGGCAAGGAUGCGCGAGAGGGCUAUGGAGAGAGCCUGCCGCCGAGCGAGGUGCGGAGGGUGCAGAAGGCGGAGCUCGCGUUUGUCAAGGCCUGGGUCGAUGCGUGGUCUGAGGCCAAGGCUGCCAAGGAGGACGAGUCUUUAUCGCUGGAGCUGUAG